GACACAUUUUCAAAGAUGAAAAUCUUACCCGCAUCCAACGCCAGUGGAGCCUCGUCCUCGUCGUCUUCAACAUCCUCACAAGUCUCCGGUUUGAAACUGGGCAUUGUCCGACUCGGCCGGGCAGCUGGAAAGGUCAAGUACGCUCUGCUGGACGAAAGGGACAUUGGACUCGUUCAGGAAUACGCGUUCGAAGCUCGGAUGGACGUCGACCGGAACGGCGGAGGCGCUCGGAUUUUCGCUUAUGCCUACGACGUCGCCCGCGGCCGCAGUUCGGGUGCUUACGUCCACCAGCUAUUGUGGGAGCGACACUGUGGAGGGAUAGCGCCGGGCUUCCAAGUCGUUCACCGCAACGGCGUCACGGUGGAUAAUCGGCUGGAAAAUUUGAAUCUGGUGGCCAAAGGAACGGCGCCACCACCUAGCGGUCGCCAUCCUAAUAACAUCGUUCACCGAGCCACCGUGACGACGACAACGACAACGACGACGUCGUCGUCCAGCACCAACAUUCACUGCGACGACGUCGCAAACACAUCGUCGUCAACCACCCGGGAGCAUUCGCUUUACUGGGCCGCCAUCCAACAAUUGCCCGCUGAUCCUGUCGAAGAGCAUUUUGGCGAGCUGGGAGUCACGCGUUAUUACAACGUCAACGGCGAGGUGAUUGACGACGAGGACGAUACCUUCUGCUACUACGAGUGCCACUACCCGCCGUGCACGAAUAUGGAACGCGAGCUCAGGGAAUUCUCUAUUUGCGGACGGUGUCAGGAAGCCAGAUACUGCGGGACCUACUGCCAACAAAAGGACUGGCCCGUUCACAAGAAAUCCUGCCGGGAACGGAAGAGGCCGUACGUCGUGGAGCGUCCACCGGAGCGUUAAAAACCCAAAACCUCCUUCCUCAGCAUUAUUAAUUCUACCCCCCUACCCACCUCAACAGAAACAGUCCGACUAACUAACGAGAGAAAAAAAAAAAGAAAAGAAAAAAAAAAGACUCGAUUGUACAUUACCGUAAGAAUAAAUCAAGAGAAAAUCAUUCAAAAAAAGCAAACGAAAUUCGUGGAGAAAGGAGCUAGACGAAAAUCAACGAACUCGUCAUUGUCCAGUUUAGGACAAACGGAAGAAGAUGAUGAAAGGAAAACCAAAACAACUAAACAACAACAAAAAAAAAUUAACUCUCAAUUAACUCCAAAUGCAUUGUCAUGGGAAUCAUCAAAUUAACUCGGGCGCUACUAACCAUGGUGACGGGAUAUUUUAGAUGUGAAACUAACACAUUCCUUUAUUCCAUUUUUAGAAGUCAUUUUUCUUUUUAAUAUGUCGGGAAUCCUUUGGAAAUGAAACCAUUAAUUUACAACUAAAAAAAAAAAAAAAUUUAACACGAAAUUAUUAAACAACAACAACAAAAAAAACAUCCAACAAGCGUUUUUGCCUCCUCCUCCUUCUCUACUACCCGGACGGAAUUUAUCACUGUACAGAAUUUAUGCGCUUCUCUGUUUUGGGGGUGCGAGAGAAUGAGGAUGGAUGGAUCCUUGGCAUCAUUGUAAUCCUUCUUUUGUGUGUGUGUGUCCCUCCCACCUUUCCCCUUGUUACUAUACUUACUCGUGUUCCUAUAAUAUUAUAUAGAGAAGAAGAAGAAAAAUUUCCCUCCCGCGAACUAGUUUCGGAAAAACAAAUUUUUUUUAAACAAUUUUUUUUUUUUAAAUUGAAAAAAUUUUGGCUCUCUUUUCUUUGCUGAUCUCACGAUGACCUCUUUGAAUUCCCUUCUUCCAAGGAAAAACUGAUAAAUUCCGUGAUGAUGGGGAUUUCCCAUGAUCGACUCAACCAAUUUUCUCCAUGUUUUCUAUUCCUUUUUCGUCCAACAAUUUUUUAAAUUUGAAAAUUUUUUUUUCAAUUCUCUAAAAUUGUAUUGUAUUUUUUUUUUCCAAUUUUUUUCGAGCUUAUGGGGGAUGGCAUAUAGUUUGAAAAAAGGUCACGUGACGAAGCCGAUGUCUAGUCGCACUAACAACCAAAAAAUAAACCGCAUGAAACUUUUUCUCACA